CUUUCACGUGUAUGUUGCAGGCUCUAAUAAUUGUACGGUAUCUCUAAUAGUUUGGCGCCAUUUCUUCGAUACAAGGAAAAAUUGUGAAAUCAUUUGAAGAUGUUGAAGAAUAAAACUUUGAAAACGGCGAAAUUGUUUGUUGUCAAGCGAGAUGGAAGACAAGAAGAGGUACAUUUUGAUAAAAUUACCUCACGCAUUCAGAAGCUGUGUUAUAAUUUAAAUAUGGAUUUUGUUGACCCUGUAUCCAUUACACUUCAAGUAAUAAAUGGUUUGUACUGUGGUGUCACUACACAAGAACUAGACAAUUUGGCUGCAGAAAUUUCCGCUGGCUUAACUUGCAAUCAUGCCGACUAUGCCAUUUUAGCUGCUCGGAUUGCAGUUUCUAAUCUGCAUAAGGAAACAAAAAAAGUUUUUUCUGAUGUCUUCGAAGAUCUCUUCAAAAAUGUCAACAACGAAACAAACUCUGCUUCCCCAAUGGUAUCGGAAUUUCAUUACAAUGUUGUCAAACAAAAUGCUGAUCGGUUGAACUCUGCCAUUAUCUAUGACCGAGAUUUUGGCUAUAACUAUUUUGGAUUUAAAACGCUCGAGCGUUCCUAUUUACUUAAAAUAAAUGGGAAAAUUGCAGAACGUCCACAGCACAUGCUAAUGCGCGUCGCACUUGGUAUUCAUGGAGACGACAUUGAUGCAGCAGUGGAAACUUAUAACCUACUGUCGGAACGAUAUUUUACGCAUGCUUCGCCAACCCUUUUUGCAGCUGCUACAAAUCGACCUCAACUAUCCUCUUGUUUUCUUUUGACAAUGAAUUCGGAUUCAAUUGAAGGUAUUUUUAAAUCAGUUGAACAAUGUGCGCUGAUAUCAAAGUCAGCGGGUGGAAUUGGACUUAAUGUUCAUUGCAUUCGUGCCAAAGGCACUUCGAUAUGUGGAACGAACGGUACUUCAAAUGGAUUAGUUCCAAUGCUAAGAGUUUUUAAUAAUGUGGCACGCUAUGUUGAUCAGGGAGGCGGAAAAAGGCCUGGUGCCUUUGCUAUUUAUUUAGAGCCCUGGCACUCAGAUGUUUGUGAAUUCUUAGACCUAAAAAAAAACACAGGAAAGGAAGAAAACCGAGCAAGGGAUCUUUUCUAUGCUUUAUGGAUUCCCGAUCUUUUCAUGAAACGUGUUGAAGCAAAUGAAGACUGGUCUUUGAUGUGUCCACACAAAUGUCCUGGACUUCAAGAUGUUUGGGGAGAACAAUUUGAAGAGCUUUAUGUGAAAUAUGAGCAAGAGGGACGUGCGAAUCGAACAGUGAAAGCUCAGUCGCUAUGGUUUGCCAUUAUAGAAUCGCAAGUUGAAACAGGUAACCCAUACAUGCUUUUUAAAGACUCUUGUAAUAGAAAGAGCAAUCAACAAAAUGUUGGCACCAUUAAAUGCAGCAAUUUAUGUACAGAAAUUGUUGAAUACUCUUCACCCGAUGAGAUCGCUGUUUGCAAUCUAGCUUCAAUAGCACUCAACAUGUUUGUAACACCUGAGAAAACAUAUGAUUUCAGAAAGCUGAAAGAGGUAACCAAAACUGUUGCCAAAAAUCUUAACAAAAUAAUUGAUAUUAACUAUUACCCCCUGCCAGAAGCUAAGAAAUCCAAUUUUAGGCAUCGUCCAAUUGGAAUAGGCGUUCAAGGUUUCGCAGACGCUUUAAUCUUAAUGCGCUUGCCGUAUGAAAGUGAAGGAGCUAGUCUUUUAAAUCAACAAAUAUUUGAAACUAUUUAUUAUGGGGCUUUAGAAGCUAGCUGUGAACUUUCUAAAGCAUUUGGUCCAUAUGAAACCUACGAAGGAAGUCCUGUGAGCAAAGGCAUCCUACAAUAUGAUAUGUGGAAUAAAACUCCAACGAACCUAUGGGAUUGGCAAAAACUGAAGGAGGAAAUUAAACAACACGGAGUUAGGAAUUCGUUGUUAGUAGCUCCCAUGCCAACAGCAUCUACUGCACAAAUUAUGGGUAACAACGAAUCAUUCGAACCAUAUACAACUAAUAUAUAUACGAGACGCGUAUUAUCUGGCGAAUUCCAAGUGGUCAAUCAUCAUUUAUUGAGGGAUUUAACAGAAUUGGACCUUUGGGAUGAUGAGAUGAAAAAUAAAAUCAUUUCAAGCAGGGGAUCCAUUCAAAGUAUUGAAACUAUUCCCCAAAAGGUUCGCGAUCUUUAUAAAACUGUAUGGGAAAUCUCAGUAAAAUCUACAAUCCAAAUGGCGGCUGAUAGAGGUGCAUUUAUUGAUCAAAGUCAGUCGUUUAAUAUUCAUGUUGCAGAGCCUAACUAUGGCAAAUUGACAUCCAUACAUUUUUUCUCGUGGAAAGCUGGACUAAAAACAGGAAUGUAUUAUUUACGCACAAAACCCGCGGCUAACGCCAUACAAUUUACAGUCGACAAAAAACAAAGUGCAUUCACGUUGAAAGGUCAAAAUGGGCAUGAUAGCAUAUUAACUUCACCUGAUGAAAAUAUCAAUAACACUCAGCAUGAUGAAUCAGAUCGAGAACGUAGAAUGGCUGAAAUGGUUUGCUCCCUCGAAAAUAAGGAUAAUUGUCUAUCGUGCGGAUCUUAAAUGCAUGUAAAUGUCUAUGUA